AUGAAGCAUGUCAUGUACCGGCCGUACAAGAAGAUCCGCAUAGGGUUCAUUCGAAAAUUCUUUUUGGAUAUGAACAUUAGGGCCCUCAAGCUCCUGUCCGAGAACAAUUUCGACGAGACUGAGUUCUUGGAUGGAGCAAUCUUUGCAAUUGAGUCGGCGAUGAAAAGCAUUUCUUCCCAUGAUGUCGAUUCGUUGAGGGGCCUUGUUGGAGAGAAAUUUCUCACCGCAGUUGAAGAAGCAGAAAAACUGAUGAAGGAGACAGAAUUGAGAGCGGAACAACAAGUGUCGAAGAUAUACGAGUCAGAGAUCGUUUCAGUCGGUUUCUUGACCGAUGAGGAAGGAGAAGACUUCGCCCAAGUCUCUGUGCAGGUCAGUGUCGACUCGUUGGUGGCAUUGUUUCAUACGAUCAAAAGACAAGCAUCAAAGAUCUACAUGAUAGGCAUGCAGUGCAUCCUGCUUCGACCGCGCGUUCGCGCAGCAUACGACGUGACGUUGUUGUUGCAGGAUCAUCGUGGAAAAUUGUGCACUUGA